UGGAGAGCUAAACAGUUCAUAGUAUUAUAUAGUUACAGGUUGAAGUAGUUCUUCUCUGUGUAGUGUUUGGUAGUGUUCAGUAGUGUUAUAUAGCAGGUUUCGGGAACGAAGCUAGUUUUAUGAUGGUUGACUUGUUUUAAUAGUUGGAUCAGUAGAUACCAUGUCCAAGAAAAGAGGAGUUUCUCUCGACGAGAAACGUAUGAGAAUGCUAGAAAUAUUUUAUGAGAAAAAGGAGUUUUUCACGCUAAAGGAACUCGAGAAAGUCGCUCCGAAAGAGAAGAGCAUUAUAGUACAAUCUGUCAAAGAUGUAUUACAAGGUUUAGUGGACGAUGGUUUGGUGCAAUCUGGCAAAAUUGGCACUUCCACAUAUUUCUGGAGGUUCCCAGGAGAAAAAAUUGCUGCAACAGAACGCAAAAUAGAUGAUACAAGCAAAAAGUUAACAGAGGCAGAAAUUAAACUUGAGGCGCUAAAGGAAGAGGUACGAAAGGAGAAGGAAUUGAAGAACGACACAGAAGAGAAGAGAAAAUUGCUGAAGGAGAUAGAACAGCUGAGGAUGGAGGAACAGGAAAUAAAAAAGCAAAUUGUUCAGUUCAGUGGUGUCGAACCGGAAGUAAUUGCAGAAAUGAAUGAAAAAGCGGAGAAAUACAAAGAUGCAGCCAAUAUAUGGACAGACAAUAUUUUUGCUGUACAGAACUGGUGCAAGAAUAAAUUCGACAUCUCUAAACAAGAUCUUAACAAACAAUUUAACAUUCCCGAGGACUUUGACUACUUAGAAUAAAGGAAUGAAUCUGAUCGUUUAAAUGUUCAUACGAUUUACUGUCAAUAAAUAAUUUUUGUGUAAAUA